UCGAAAUUCGGAGACCAUCUUCGAAACUCGUAAUGUUGGUAUGCCUGAAUCCGACGUAGCUGUAAUUUGUAUGUAUCUGUCGGAAAUUUUCUACGAAGAGCAACUGGUGUCGGAGCGAAGCGAAUUCUUUUAAAAUAUCAAUAAAAUAAAGUGUGUAAAGGAAAAAAUAUGUCGAAGAUCACAACAAAUCGGUCGCAAUACGAAAAAAUGGUAGAAUGCAUGACCGAAAGGCCGGACAUUGCUCGCGGCCUUCCUAAAGAGGAUGUAGUGGAGUUUUGGGAAAGCGUCGCUCAGCAGCUAAACAGCUUAGGCCCACCGACAAAAGAUGUAUCCAGCUGGAAAAAGGUAUGGCUCGAUUAUAAGUGCUACAUUAAAAGAAAGCUUUCCGCCAAUAAAGCAGAGACGAGGGCAACUGGUGGUGGACCCAACAGAAUGCACAAGUUCAAUGAGUUGGAGGAAAAAGUGAUAGAGUUGACGGGCUUGCACACUUCCACAUCGGGGAUCAAUGGAGCUGUCUCUUUUGGUGUGGUAACAACACAGACGGUGACCCAACCGGUGGUGGAACCUGCGGCAGUCAUUCCUAUGCCAACUGAGCCAGACAAUGCCAAUGUGCAGAGGCGUUCCCCUCCGGUAAAAAAAACGACACGGCCACUUUGGUACAGGAGCAAAUAAAUUUGCAACGAAGCUACUACCAAAAAAGUUUGGCCUUUUUGGAACGCCAGGCUGAGUCUGCAAACGAUCUGGCAGAUAACGUGCGACGCAUGUACCAAGUACAAGAAAACAUGCAUGACAUGAAGAAGGAAAAAUUGCGUGAAUUAAAGAGGCACAAUAUUGAAAUGGAGGCCCUUAAAAGAAGGGAGCUUGAUUUGCAGGAAAAAUUACUGCGGAUACAAGAAAGAAGCCAGCAAAAAUGAACUAAUGGAUACAUUUUUUUUUAAGAUUUCUUUAUUUUUGAAUUUCAUUUAAUUUUGCACUGAACUGCUGAUUUUUUAAUUUUUUUUAUUUAAAGAUUAUUGGAUUUAAGACUAUUAGAUUUAAGAAUAUAACUGAACUAAAGAAGUGAACUAACGUUUGUGAUAUCUGUAUAUAUGUAUAAACUAUUAGAUUUAAGAAAAGAACUGAACUAACGCUUGUGAUAUAUGUAUAAACCUAUUAGAUUUAAGAAAAGAACUGAACUUAAGAGAUGAACUUACGCUUGUGAUAACUGUAUAUAUGUACAAACUAUUAGAUUUAAGAAAACAACUGAUUUUUUUGUAUAUUUAGUUUUAAGUAAAGAACUGAAUUUAUUUUAAAUUUUUUAUAUCAAAUAAAUAUGAAGUACAAAGUUAUGGGAUUGUUUUCAUUAGUUAGGUAAUGAUCGCAUUCUUAUGUCUGACGCUUCUCUGGAAAAUUCUGAUGGCGCUUCCUCUUCAUUUACAUCUUGAUAUUCAUCAUCCAUAAUAUCAGGUGUAUUAUCUUCUACGUUGUAGUGGAUGCACAUGUUAUGCAAUGCGCAUACCACAUUAAUUAUUUGUACCACUUUUUGGGGCGAAUAAUGUAGUUG